ACAAUCUCAUAAUUUUCGGUCACCCUUUCCGUUUUAAAAACCCUAGCGAAGCCCUCCUCGCUCUCUCUUUUUCUCUUCCGCCCCAAACCCUAAUCAAUGGCGUACGGAGGCUACAGCUCUACCUACGGCGGAGCGAGCUCCUACUCCUCGCGCCUCUCGGCGGAUCCCUACCUCUCAUCCGCAUCACGGUACUCAAAUCCCAGCGCUUUCGCUUCUGCUUCCGAGAUCACCAAGUACUCUUCGUCCUCGAUGGACUACGGAUCUUCUCUCUACUCGAAUCAAAGAGAGUUUGGCGGGAUCGGGGGCCAAUCGUCGUGGGCUGGCUACGAUGGAGCUGGAUUGACCUCGGGCAUGAAGAGGUCCGCUGAAGCUCUCUACCAACAGAAUGUUCUUGGAAGCUAUAAUACUAUUGGGCAAAGUGACGCUUUAUUUUCUUCAAAUUCUAUGUUCAAACACCCUAGACUUGAAACUGCAAGCAGCCUGCCCGUAUAUCCACAGCGACCGGGAGAGAAGGAUUGUGCACAUUAUAUGCAGACGAGAACCUGUAAGUUUGGAGAAGCCUGCAAGUUUGACCAUCCUAUUUGGGUACCAGAGGGUGGAAUUCCAGACUGGAAAGAGGUUCCACUAGUUCCUACCACUGAAGCUCUUCCGGAGAGACCCGGGGAACCUGAUUGUCCUUACUAUAUGAAGACCCAGAAAUGCAAAUUUGGUUUCCGCUGCAAAUUCAACCAUCCGAAGGAUAACCUGAACGCAUUGACAGGUGGAGGAGAUGGAAUGGGUACUGGAACCGUUGACCCUGUUUUGCUACCUGAACGACCUUCAGAGCCGAUAUGUUCGUUCUAUUCGAAAACUGGCAAAUGUAAAUUUGGUGCAAAUUGCAAAUUUCAUCAUCCGAAGGAUCUUGAAAUACCAUCAAGUGGGCAAAAUGCUGGUGCUCUGCAACAGGUUGAAUCAGCAGGUGGAGAUUCAGUACCAGCAAAAACUUUUGCUCCGUUUACCCCCGCUUUAGUGCAUAAUUCAAAGGGACUGCCUAUAAGACCGGGUGAGACAGAUUGUCCAUUCUAUGUUAAGACUGGGAGCUGCAAAUAUGGUGCUACUUGCCGAUUCAAUCACCCUGACAGAAUUGCAAUUAAUCCUCCAUUGGGAGGUAACAUAGGUCAGACGGUCAUGCCUUCUGCUGCAAGUCUGCCUAUUGGUCUAAUCAACUCUGCAGCUAACCUUAUUCCAAGUAUAGAUCCACUAUUGGCCCAAGCAUCACUUGGAGUUAGCCCUGCUGUGUAUCCUCAAAGGCCUGGAGAAAUGGCAUGUGAUUUUUACAUGAAGACUGGACAAUGCAAGUUUGGAGAGAGAUGUAAGUUUCACCACCCUAUUGACCGGUCUGCACCAAAUGCCUCUGUAGCACAGGUUCAGCCGAAUGUCAAGCUUACGCUUGCUGGGCUUCCACGAAGGGAGGGUUCAGUUGCAUGCCCAUUUUACAUGAAGACAGGCACCUGCAAGUAUGGAGUUACAUGCAGAUUUGAUCACCCGCCACCUGGAGAGGCUAUAGCCAUGGCUACUGCUGCACAGGGAAGCGAAACUGGAGUUGAUGCAGAACAGAACUAGGAUGCAUUUGCAUUUUCUCAGUGGUACUUUUCCUCUCGUUGUUUUCUUGCUUUGAUCUUUGGUUGGUUGGAUCUUGAAAAUGGGUUGUCUUCAGUGGACAUUAGCUCGUAUAGUUUGUUUGGGGAACUAGUAAUUGCAAUUUGUAUGUUAUUGUCACUAGCUUUAAUCACUUUGGAGGCUGUGUUAUGUUUGGUGAUAUUAUGUUCGUGGAGUUAUUUGGCAUGCCAGAUUUUGAUCAAUUUUUAAUUAACGGUAAAUUGCUUGAA